AUGACGCGCGCGGAGGCCGAGUGGCAAGCGCUUGUCCCAAACUGCGGAUGCGCGUCCCCGCGCGCAUGUGUUCGUUUUGCAGAGCCAGCCUUCGGGGAGGUGAACCAGCUGGGAGGAGUAUUCGUGAACGGGAGGCCGCUGCCCAACGCCAUCCGGCUUCGCAUAGUGGAGCUGGCCCAACUGGGCAUCCGACCGUGUGACAUCAGCCGCCAGCUACGGGUCUCGCACGGCUGCGUCAGCAAGAUCCUGGCGCGCUACAAUGAGACAGGCUCGAUCUUGCCAGGAGCCAUUGGGGGCAGCAAGCCUCGGGUCACCACCCCCACUGUGGUGAAGCACAUCCGGACCUACAAGCAGAGGGACCCCGGCAUCUUCGCCUGGGAGAUACGGGACCGCCUACUGGCGGACGGCGUGUGUGACAAGUACAACGUGCCCUCGGUGAGCUCUAUCAGCCGCAUCCUGCGCAACAAGAUCGGCAACUUGGCCCAACAGGGCCACUACGACUCAUACAAGCAGCACCAGCCGGCGCCGCAGCCGGCGCUGCCCUAUAACCACAUCUACUCGUACCCCAGCCCCAUCACGGCGGCCGCGGCUAAGGUGCCCACGCCGCCCGGCGUGCCCGCCAUCCCCGGCUCAGUGGCCAUGCCGCGCACCUGGCCCUCCUCCCACUCCGUCACCGACAUCCUGGGCAUUCGUUCCAUCACCGACCAAGGAGUGAGCGACAGCUCGCCCUACCACAGCCCCAAGGUGGAGGAGUGGAGCAGCCUGGGCCGCAGCAACUUCCCCGCCGCCGCCCCGCACGCGGUGAACGGGCUGGAGAAGGGGGCCUUGGAGCAGGAAGCCAAGUACGCGCAGGCACCAAAUGGUCUCCCAGCUGUAAGCAGUUUUGUGUCAGCAUCCAGCAUGGCUCCUUAUCCUACCCCAGCCCAAGUGUCGCCUUACAUGACCUACAGCGCUGCUCCUUCUGGUUAUGUUGCUGGACACGGGUGGCAACAUGCCAGUGGCACCCCACUUUCCCCCCACAACUGUGACAUUCCCGCGUCGCUGGCGUUCAAGGGAAUGCAGGCAGCCCGAGAAGGUAGCCACUCUGUCACGGCUUCCGCACUCUGA